AGACAGAGCCUCUCUGAAAAAUAACACAUAUCUGUGUUUCCUAGGAGUAAAUAUAAUCCAGAAAGAUGUCUCAGAGCCCAGAAGUUGUUGUCCCGAUGGCAGAUUGCAAUACAAAUGGUAUCCAGAUUCAGACAUGGAGCUCAACAAAAACCAGCACCGUUGCCUUUCGUAACAUCAGCUACAGAGUGAAGACGAAGAGUGGAUUUAUCGGCUGUCGAAAAAUACUUGAAAAAGAAAUUUUGAGAGAUAUCAAUGGAAUCAUGACGCCAGGACUGAAUGCAAUUCUGGGGCCGACAGGCAGUGGCAAAUCUUCAUUACUGGAUAUUUUAGCAGCACGGAAAGAUCCUCAUGGCUUAACUGGAGACGUUUUCAUCAACGGUGCCCCACAGCCUGACAAUUUUAAAUGCAUCUCUGGCUAUGUAGUACAGGAUGAUGUUGUGAUGGGGACGUUGACGGUGAGGGAAAACUUCCAGUUCUCAGCUGCACUCAGACUACCAAAAACAGUAAAAGCUCAUGAAAAAGAAGAGAGAAUCAACCAGAUCAUCAAAGAGCUGGGAUUGACAAAAGUGGCAGAUUCAAAGGUAAUGAAAUUAAAUCUCGCAGAGGAUGGCAUUCCGUAAAGACAGAGCUAGAAAUGGACCACCCUUCACUUACGUGAUGAUGUUAAGUGAUGCUUUUGCCAGA